UUGUUACUGUAAUGGCGAUACUGUGCAGUUUUAUCUAUUUUUUUUUGUUAUUAUCGCAAAAAAAUGAAUAACAAUAAAACAAAAGAAUAUUUUCACUGGAGGCCUGUCAAAAUGGAAAUCCGGAAAUUGUCAUUUUCUUGAUCAUUUAUUAAUUAUAUUAACAACUUAUCUAAAAAAAAAACAUUAAUCCAUUUGAUACCUCAAAAGUUGUUACUACUUAUUUAAUGUAAAAAAAGCCAAAUUUUAUGCCUGUGAUCAAAUAUUUUAUAAUUCUAUUAGCAUGUAUACACUCAGCUUUAUGGCCGUUGUGCUCUUGAUAGUCACCAAUAAUAUUCAAGGUAAGCGUCUCAGCCAAUAUGUGUCACAUUAUGAGCCUGUUACAUAUGAUCAUCAACACUUGGCCCAGAGUCAUGAUAGGGCCAAAAGAUCAGUGACAAAUAGUGACAGUAAUGUGCAUGUAACAUUUAAAGCACAUGGCCAUCACUUUCGACUCAGACUUCGUCGAGAUUUGGAAACAUUUUCAAAUUCUAUGGAAGUGUUAGAUAGUUCUGGGAAACAAAUACAUCCUAAUAAUAUAGAUACUUCACAUAUAUACCACGGACAUAUUAUCGAUGAAGACAACAGUGCAGUAUUUGGUUCAAUAAUUGAUGGAGUUUUUGAAGGAAAAAUUAUAUCACCAAAAAAAGGAAACUUUUUUGUAGAAAAAUCUAGAAAAUAUACUUAUCCCUAUGGUCACCUUAAAGACAGUGAUAAUUUCCAUUCGGUUAUUUAUAAAGAAAAUGAUGUUGAUAAUCCAUAUCAUAACUCUUCUAGUCAUUUUAGUGGAUGUGGAGUUACUGGAUCCACAAAACAAAGUAUGGAAACCAUCCAAUAUUCUGGAAGUCCAUGGAAUAUUCAACAACAAGAUGAAGAAAGACCUGCUUAUAAAUAUACAAGACAAGCAGCAGCUGACAAGCAUCAUCAUAAACCUGUUAGAACAAAACGUGCUACUAAACCUAAAGAAGAACGCAACACUUGUUCGUUAUUUAUCCAAACUGACCCUUUAUUAUGGAAACAUAUAAAAGAACAAGUUGGCUAUGAUAAAACAAAGACAAGAGAAGAGAUAUUAUCAUUAAUAGCCCACCAUGUAACUGCAGUAAAUUAUAUCUACAGAGAUACUAAAUUUGAUGGACGCAUUGAACACAGAAAUAUUAAAUUUGAAGUUCAAAGGAUUAAAAUUGAUGAUGAUGAACCUUGUGACCACAAAUGGUCUGGAGAACAAAAUCCAUUCUGUAUGGAAAAUAUUGAUGUUAGUAAUUUUUUGAACCUACAUUCAUUGGGAAACCACGAAGACUUUUGCCUAGCAUAUGUUUUUACCUACAGAGACUUUACCGGAGGAACCUUAGGUUUAGCUUGGGUUGCCAGCGCAUCUGGUGCAUCCGGUGGAAUUUGUGAAAAAUAUAAAACAUAUACAGAAACUAUUGGUGGUUUAUAUCAAUCAACUAAACGUAGUUUAAAUACUGGUAUUAUUACAUUUGUUAACUACAAUAGUAGAGUGCCACCCAAAGUUUCACAGUUGACCCUGGCCCAUGAAAUCGGCCAUAAUUUUGGAUCACCGCAUGAUUAUCCUUCAGAUUGUCGACCUGGUGGUUUGAGUGGUAACUAUAUCAUGUUUGCAUCUGCAACUAGUGGUGAUCGCCCAAACAACAGUAAAUUUUCUUCAUGUAGCAUAGCUAAUAUCAGUAGUGUAUUAGAUGCUAUACAAGACAAUAAAAAAAGAAAUUGCUUUAAAGCCAGUGAAGGAGCAUUUUGUGGUAACAAAAUUGUUGAAAAUGGUGAAGAAUGUGAUUGUGGUUAUGAUGAUGAUGAAUGUGAUGAUAAAUGCUGUUAUCCCAGGCAAGUUGCAGAUCGAGAUAGAUUCCGUAAUAUAUCAGCUAGAGGUUGUGCUCGUCGAGCACAAACUGAGUGCAGUCCGUCUCAAGGACCAUGCUGUUAUGCUGAUACCUGCCGCUUUAUUCCAUCUAAUCGAUUAGUUAUGUGUCGUGGAGAAGAUGUUUGUAGUUAUAGUUCUAAUUGUGAUGGUACUUCGCCAGAAUGUCCAGCACCACCUCCUAAACCUAAUAAAACCCGCUGUAAUGAAGGGACACAGCUUUGCAUCAAUGGUGAAUGCACUGGAUCUAUUUGUUUGGAGUGGGGUCUAAACGAAUGUUUUUUGACAUCACAAAUCAUACCCAAUAUUGACAAACGCAAGUUGUGUGAGUUGGCUUGUAUGAAUGGUACUGAUUUACAAACCUGCAGAUCGACUAGUGAAUUUGCUGCUGCCGUUAACUUACCUCUCGGUGGCAUUAGUUUAAGGCCAGGAUCACCUUGUGAUAAUUUUCAAGGUUACUGUGAUGUGUUUUACAAAUGUCGAGCAGUUGAUGCUGAGGGGCCAUUAGCAAGAUUAAAAAAUAUGCUCCUUAAUAAACAAACACUUCAAACUCUCCAACAAUGGGCUUUAGAAAAUUGGUGGGCUUGUAUGCUCAUGGGCGUUACAUUUGUGAUUAUAAUGGGAGUAUUUAUAAAAUGUUGUGCAGUACACACACCAUCUUCGAAUCCUAAGAAAACCCCUGCUCGGAGAUUUAGUGAAACAUUAAGGCGACCUAUUACAACCUUGCGUAGAAUGCGACACAAUCCUCAAUCAUAUGUGUCACAGCCCAGAUCAAGUAGAGUUCCAGCUCAUGGAUAUGGUGAGGGUAGAGGUCAUUAUUAUGCACCAAGAGCUUCUGCGCCCCCUGCACAUGGUCAUUCCGAUCGCCGUAAUGCAUUUCCAAUGAGGCAUCAGCCACAGCAUAAAGUGUGAUAUUGUCAAGUUUGGCAGCCCUAAACCAAAAAGUUGAUAAUGUUGGUCCGAAAUAUUCGGUAUUCUUAUCAUCGUGGUUAGAAACUAUUAAAUUUAUUUAUUUAUGUAUUAUUAUUAUUUUUAUUUUUUUGUACAUAGCCGAAUGGAACAAAAGUGAUUGAAUUUAUAUUUAAAACUAUAGUUGUACAAUCACCCUGUGAGAGGUGCUGAUCGCAAACAAAGGCAGAUUUUAAUUUGACAUUUAUAUAUUAUACAUUUUUUCAUUCCUUACUAUAAGUGUUUUUUUAAACAAAUUUCUCUGACUUAUGUAUCUCAUGUUAUACAAGAUUGCACAUAGUAUAUGAUACUUCUUUGUAAAGUUCCUUAAUCAUGAAUCUAGAAUCAAGUAUAUUAUUUAUAGUGACACUUAAUAGUUUUUUUUAGAUUGAGUUUUUUUUUCUUUUAAUAACAAUAAUUAUGUACCUUCUACAACUAGUAGAAAAAAGUUGGAAAAAUUAGUAAAAGUUAAAUUUUUUUAUUUGAUAUUUUGUUUUUCUUAAUUUUAUUUUUGAUUAUUAUUUUACUUAUUGAUUAUAUAUCAUGUAUAUUUUUUAUACUUUCUGCCUUUGUUUGCUUGAUAUUUUUCCCACCAAAUAUAUUAUUUAUAUAGAACAAAAAAAUAUUUAUAUAAUUAUAAAAUAUCUUCCUAAUAUUU